ACUAGAGAUCCCGUGGCUUUUAAUUCCCUCACUACUUUUUUUUAAACCCUCCUUCGAUUUGCCCCGUUAUUACCAUUUAUCCGAGGCGUUCAUUUCCGCACCUGCCACACAGAGACCAAGCUAAGGCGAAGUAGAAGAGGAGACAAGGACACUGCGAGAGCCGGGAGAGGCAGACUGUAGAGAUAGCAGCGGUGACCCGUUUGAGAUCUUAAAGGACAAAAAAUAAAUAAAAAAAUGCUGCUCUGGACCAAAAUCGCGUUGGUCGGUCUCAUCUGCUUGUCCUUGGUAUCCUCUGGGAUGGGAUGCGGACCGGGCAGGGGCUACGGCAGGAGAAGACAUCCGAAGAAGCUGACACCUCUUGCGUACAAGCAGUUCAUCCCCAACGUCGCGGAGAAGACCCUCGGGGCAAGCGGUAAAUACGAAGGCAAGAUCACAAGAAACUCCGAGCGAUUUAAAGAACUGACUCCCAAUUAUAACACAGACAUCAUAUUCAAGGAUGAGGAGAACACCGGUGCUGACAGGCUAAUGACUCAGAGAUGUAAAGACAAACUGAACUCGCUAGCCAUCUCCGUGAUGAACCAGUGGCCCGGAGUGAAGCUGCGGGUCACCGAGGGCUGGGACGAGGACGGACACCAUUUAGAAGACUCUCUUCACUACGAGGGCAGAGCCGUGGACAUCACCACUUCAGACAGAGACAAGAGCAAAUACGGCACUCUGUCCAGGCUGGCGGUGGAAGCUGGAUUUGACUGGGUCUACUAUGAAUCUAAGGCCCACAUCCACUGCUCCGUGAAAGCAGAAAAUUCAGUGGCAGCAAAGUCAGGCGGCUGCUUCCCCGGAUCCUCCACGGUCACCCUUCAGGAUGGCACCAAGAAAGCAGUCAAAGAUCUCAAAAGCGGCGACAGGGUCAUGACAGCAGAUGACGACGGAAAUGUAAUUUACACCGACUUCAUCAUGUUUAUAGACCGAGAUUCGAUGCUGAGGAGGAUCUUCUAUGUGAUCGAAACCGACUCGGGCCAGAAAAUAACCCUCACCGCCGCGCAUCUCGUCUUCGUCAGCCGCAACAGCUCCAGCGAGGCGGAGAAGCGGAUGUCUGCGAUUUUCGCCAGUCAAGUCCAGCCUGGACAGAAAGUGUUCGUCUUUGACGCAGAGCGAAGUCGACUCGAGUCUGUGACCGUCAAACGGAUUUACACGCAAAGUCACGAGGGUUCCUUUGCGCCCGUGACCUCACAGGGGACCAUCGUGGUGGACCAGGUCCUUGCGUCCUGUUACGCAGUGAUCGAAGACCACGACUUGGCACACUGGGCCCUGGCACCCGUCAGGCUCGCCCACUGGGUGUCCUCGUUCCUAUUUAGCUCCCAGCCUCCAAGCAGUGUACAAAAUGAAGGAGUGCACUGGUACUCCAAAAUCCUUUAUCAAUUAGGGACAUGGCUUUUGGACAGCCACUCGAUCCAUCCACUUGGAAUGUCGGUAUACCCAAGUUGAAACAGCUGCGACAGGAGCAGAACGAGACUUUAAAUGUAGGACACACGAACUAUACAGUAGAUUAAAAAUAAUAAUGAUAAUAAUAAUUAAAAAGAGAAAGAGAGAAAGAAAAAAAGCGAACUGACAGACAGACGUGACAUGACAAGGGCCCCAGCGGAGUUGGGAUAUUUAUUUCAGUGACUUUUCCAUGAUGUGUCCCCCUUUCAAAGAAUGAAUGGAGCCUUAAAAAGUUUCUCUUUGAAUAAUUUAUUCUCAUGUGAACUCUGCUGCUGUCACAUAAAUGGAUUCUGAAACUGUGUGAGCAGCAAAUUGUGCAUAAUCUAUUUUUGUAAAUAUCAAAUGCAAAAAAAAAGAAAAAUGAAGAAAAAAAUU